UUCGUAUCUACGUGACUGUACAGCCGUAUACUCGUAGAGCUGACAGGGUCAGGAGGAGCAAUCUUGGGUGGACGGAUCGCUGUGCUGUCGUUCGAUUGUGGUGUUUACUGUAAGAAUACCAUUGUGAUUUCUGCUCUUGUGGUGGUUGGUUUUUGUUUGCGUCGGAACUCGGAGGUGCGGUUGUUAGUAUCGGGCUUACGGCUACCAAAUCGCCGCCCAAAGUGCGAUUUAGAACGUUUACAGCGGGACGGUGUCGUUCGUACACGAUAUGUCCCUCAAGAGACUACGUCACCUUGUCGAGCUGCCCAGCUCGGACAAGUCGGAGGUCCUUACAUUGUUUAAAUAUCAAAACCAUAAAAUAUAUUUGGACUAUGUGCGUAUGCAUUUGAGUUUUGUGCUCGACCUGCCGACUGACGACUUUGCCCCUCUUCUGGAUACCGAUUACUUUAAGGAGACGAGAUUUAGCUGUCCGCCCCUUAAGGGCAAAGACACGAAAGUUGCCUGGGGAUCCCCGUUAACAACUGAAGGAAUCGCUCAAGUAUCGCAGCUAAUAGACUACCUCAUGAUUGACCAAAACUGUCAAGAAGAAGGUCUGUUUCGAAAAACGGGUAGCGUAAUACGUCAAGCAGAACUGCGUGCACUUUUGUGUGCUGGAGAAAUUGUCGAUCUACAUCAGGGUGAAUUCAGCGUCCACGAUUGUGCAUCCGUCUUAAAAAGUUAUCUGCACGAAAUGGAAGAGCCUCUUCUAACUCAAGCUCUCUUCCAGCCGUUCAUGAAAGUCGUCGAACUGGCCCGGCAGCAAACGUUGCCAUCGAUUUUGGAGGAAGUGACUCGUAAACGAAUAAAAUGUAUUCAACUUCUAUUUCAAUUGUUACCGCUAUACAAUUAUCACCUGUUGAAGCCCCUACUUCAACUUUUGUCGAAGGUUGCAAGCAACAAGGAUUCGACGCGGAUGGACGCUACGUGCUUAGCGAAACUCUUCGCUCCUGUCAUAAUGUGCCCGAAAACGAUGACACCUGAGGAAUUCUUCACACGGGUACAGCAUCCCGCCGUGGAGUUGUUGAGCUUCAUCAUCGAACAGGAACCCGUAUUGUUCAAGCUGCCAGACGAGCUCGUUCAAGACGUUAUCGCAUUCAUCAAGAACGAGCAGGACGAACAUGAUCACGGGGUUGUCAAGACGCAGCUGACCUUUGCUAUCCGCCGCGAGCAGAGCAAGGAGGAGAUCGACGAUUACACGACUCGGGAAUUAGCCAGACUGUACGCCCACGUUAGUCAACAGCCGGAUACGACGCCGACAAAGAAACUCUUCCUUCAGAGGGUGCAACAAGCGCCAUCCAUCCAGCCAGCAACACCCAGGACACCAAUCGCAGCAAAGGCUGAAAAAAUCCUGGGUUUGGCAGACACGCCCGAUUCACUGAAACGCGGACUGCUCCGAACAUCGAUUCGUUAUCCUAUUCAAGGCAAAGCCGCUUUCGUAAGAAGCGGAUCAGUGGAUUCGCUUGUUGCCGUUGACCUUGUCGACAAGGAAAAUGCGUCACCGUUCGCCAAGGUCCUGAAACGAAAGGCCGAUGAAGACCAUCCUGCCGGCGGGCAGAUGCCCACGCCAACGAAAUUUUCCCGUACUCCGUUCCAGAGUGUGAUCCGGGCUUCGAUGCGAGUGAAGGCUGCCGUACUGACUCCGACGAAAAAGCUCAUUGCUAAUACAAACAACAAUACAGCAGUUAAGUAGGGUGGGAUUUGCAUAAGGAAACAGUGAGCGAACUAUUGUUUGUUGGUCCGAUGUAGCAGCAUUAGCCAUAUACGUGGUGGACGCGUGAGCAAUCCGAUGACCUCCAAUGGCCUAAUGGCUCUUUGGUGAUGAAUGAUCCUAUGGCGUCGAAUAUUAUUACAUAAAGAAAAUCAGUUUGGCAAUUAGACUGAUGAUUCUGUCCCAUGUAACUGCCAGACGGUUCCACUAGCUGUAGUGUUUCGACUCACAGAUAAGCCAGCCAGUAAUCGAGGUACGUAAAUGUACACGGAAGUGAGGAGAUCGCUCGCCGGAGCAUUGUCCUGGCUGGCGUUUUUUUGUCAACGCCCAUAGCGUAGUUAAUUGUUGGAGGCGUGCUGGUGUGUAUAUAUCAUGUGUAUAACUAAUGUAUACAUAUUAUCUAUCUACAUACCUAAUAAGUUAGUCUAGAAAAUAAUGGAACGGUUCAGGCUGGUGGGUGUGUCGCCGGCAUCGCAUACUGACCCGAACAAUGGUGCUUGCCAAUGAUUUUUUCGAUUGACCGAUCGCAAGACAACAGCCGUUUUCGUCCUCACUAUUAAAUCAAUGUAAAUAUGACCAUAAUCUAACUCCUUCUUCCUUUUCCUUAUCAAACAUUAACCACAUUUACUUAUUUCACUACUGCCUGAACCUGAAUACGUCAAUGAAAACCUAUUAAUUUAUGUAGAAAAAAAAAAAAGAAAACGUUUACGCUAACGAAUCAAAGAACGCCAACUCGGCUGCAGUUCGUCCGCGAUGCUACACUAGCGGAUACUGUAAUAAUAAAUCCGAUCUAUAGAAAUUCCUGUUUGUAUUUCCGCUAUGGAAUGACUAGGGAUGUGUGAACCUACUAAAGCGUUUUAUAUUUGUAUAUAUUAAUAUAUCUACACGUUAUCGUGUAACAUACCGAAACAACGUGAUUCUAUCCGUUCUGUCCUAAAAAGAAAAAUGCUUCAUUUAUGACAACCAUGUAUAAAUUAUGAUUACUACAAGCAUUCGAAGUAGGCCCGAUCAGAGAAUAUGCAUUCUAUUAUUACACUCAGUAUUAUAAUAAUUAAAUAUCUAACGGGAAGCAACAGGAAACCACUGUUUAAAGUUAAGUUCAGAAUAAAUGGAAGUAAUCGAUAUUCUCAAUUUGCCCCUGACUUUUUAUUCCAGUCCCUAUAGCUCUUGUCAAUGGUUUUCCAAAACUGAUUUUUUGCCCCUAAUAGCCCCGUCCUCCCCCCAUUAAGUCGAACAUUUCGAGGGAACUGCGGGUCAAAGUUAUUUCCUAAACGCCAAACGUCUAUUCACGAAUUGCUUAUGUAUGGAUAUGCAUCAUAAUCCAUUAAAAUUCAACCUGGUCGUUGUAAAGCUAACGUUCGCAACUAUUUCGUGUAACAACGAUGAUCGUGGAUAAUAUACGAAGAAAUAAACUGUGUCUUGCCCUCUUUGUCUUCCUAAAACGAAGAAUAAAUACAUUA